AUGUCAAUCCAGCAAAUCCAGUCCAAAGGUAUCUUUCACGGCUUGCCCGUCUACCCACGAGAACAGUCCGGCCUUACUGCCAUCAUCACCGGCGCCAAUGGGAUCAGUGGCCACUACAUGCUGCGGGUGCUCUCCGAGGAUCCGAAACGAUGGAAGAGAAUCAUCUGCUUGAGCCGAAGACCACCUUUGAUCCCGGGCGGGCUUCCGGAGAACGCUGAACACAUCCCUUGCGAUUUUCUCGCGAGUCCACAAGAGAUCGCGGAUGUUCUGAAGAAGCACAGUGCUGAAGCCGACCAUGUCUUCUUCUUUUCGUAUAUUCAGCCAGUCCCUAAAGAAGGAGCCGGGCUCUGGAGCAAUGCCCGAGAGCUGUGCGAUAUCAACUCGAAACUCCUUGACAACUUCCUUCAGGCUCUGCAAUUGGCAGCUAUCACACCGAAGCGCUUCAUGCUACAGACUGGCGCCAAGAACUACGGUAGGUCAAGGCAUCUCCAUACCGCGAAUGAUCAUUAAGCCAUCACAGGCGGCCACCUUGGUCCGACCAAACUGCCACAAGAAGAGACCGACCCACGAGUUGAACUGGAGCCAAACUUCUACUAUCCCCAAGAAGAUCUUUUGUGGAAGUACUGUGAAGAGACAGGAGUAGGCUGGUCCGUCCACAUGCCAGGUCCAAUCGUCGGUGCCGUUCCAGACGCUGCCAUGAAUUGUGCCUUUCCCCUAGCAGUCUAUGCGGCCGUUUGCAAGCAACUCGGGAAGCCAUUUGAGUUUCCAGGAGACAUCAGCUCUUGGCAAAUGCCUCAGUCCAUGUCGGCGGCGCAGAUGAAUGCGUAUCAAGAAGAAUGGGCUUGUCUACUCGGUCCUCCCAACCAAAAAUACAACACUUGCGACGACAGUGCUUUCACGUGGGAGCAAUGCUGGCCCAAGAUCGCACGUUGGUAUGGCAUCGAAUCAAAAGGUCCGCAGGAUGGCGAAAAGUACGACGAAUUCGAAACACGGUUUGUCCCCCGUGGUUAUGGCCCCAAAGGCAUCACGAGACGGAAGUUUUCCACUGUUGCCUGGGCCAAGAAGCCGGAGGUACAGCAGGCCUGGAGCGAGCUUGUGAGAGAGCACGGACUUACGCAGGAGCUGAAAGAUAUCGACCGCGUCUUUGGCUUCCUGGACGGCACGCUUUGCCGACCUGCUCCGCUUCUGUUCAGGUAAGAAGGAAUGCCGUGACUCAGAGCGUCUCGCAUGUGCUGACCAAUCAAUCCAGUAUGGACAAAUCGCGUAAGCUGGGAUGGCACGGAUUUGUGGAUUCCUCCGAGGCCAUGUUGGAUGUCUUCCGGGACUUUGCCAAGUUGCAGAUGAUUCCGCCUGUGCCGAUGGUCUGA